AUAUUUUUUAUAAUAAAUUAUACAUUAUAUUAUAACUUGUGCUGCAACCCAUAAACCAAGGGAGAGUUAUUUUUUCUUUAUGCAAAUGAUUUCCCAAAACUGCACUGCAGAUUUGUAUUAAACAUCAAAUGCUAAUAUCUUUUUUAGCCUUUGCAAGUCAGCUUUGUGAUCACCGCUUCCUCAUUCAGGUUUCUUAAAUAUUAAAUAUACAGCACAGCGAUUAUAUCUACUCAUGGUGGAAUCUGGUUCCGUUAAACUGUUAAUAAUUGAAUUUAAGAGAAUAAUUAUUUUCCAAGUGUGAUAUAAGUGGUGUAAAAUAAUAAAAAAAGGAACAAAACAAAAUUAAACAUGCACAUAUAUAGUAGGCAUACAAAUUGGCUACUUCCCAUAAAUAUUCUUGCAAAAUCACAGUAUAUUUGCAUUCUGUUCUUCCCUUGUUUUUUUUUUUCUGAACUCAAGGUCAGCUCAAGUGCUGACUAUUUACUUUUUGUAAAGCUAAUUUCUGUUUAUGGUUAAGUAUUGUUGUCUGACCCCAACCCCACUCCUCCCCAAACGACACGCAAUAUAAAACCUAUAUAAGGUUGACAGUAUGCAUUUGAAACUUAUUUGCCAGAAGUUCUGUUGUCUGAGGAUUUCAGAGAAAGCUUGAAUUGAUUCCGACAUAUUUUACGCAGAUCUUGAGUUCUCAUCUAAACAUUCUAAAAGACAUCACUUUAUAUAUAUAUUAACUUUUUUAAAUACUACCAAAUUUUGUGAGAUUUAUUUCCUUUCAGUCAUGGACAGCUCACCAGAAAUACUGGAUUUCGAUUCUUCAGAUGAAAAUGGUCCAGAGAACAGUGCAAUAUUUCUGCAGCAGUGGGAGGCUCAGGUUCGGCCCUAUAUUGAGAUGAUUGACUACAUGAGGCGAAUUGGCAUUGAGAAGGAACUUGCAUUGCCGGCUAUUGCAGUGGUGGGAGACCAGAGCUCGGGGAAAAGCUCUGUAUUAGAGGCGCUAUCAGGAGUCGCUUUACCUCGUGGGAGUGGUAUUGUCACCCGCUGUCCACUGGAGCUUAAACUCAGAAAACUUAAUAAUGGGAGUUGCUGGACCGCCGUAAUCUCCUACAAUGAAGUGCGUGAGACGUUUAAUGAUCCCGCACAAGUUGAAAGUUACGUCAGAAGGGCACAGAAUAUGCUUGCUGGAGAUGGAGUAGGAAUCUGCGAUGAUCUCAUCAGUUUGGAGAUCUCAUCGCCUGAUGUGUGCGACCUCACGCUGAUCGAUCUGCCUGGAAUAACAAGAGUACCUGUGAAAGGACAACCGGAAGACAUUGGAGACCAGAUUCGACGCCUGAUAUUGAAAUUCAUUUCCAAAAAAGAAACCAUUAAUUUGGUUGUUGUUCCUUGCAAUGUCGACAUCGCAACCACGGAAGCACUUAGAAUGGCUCAGGGUGUCGAUCCUGAUGGCUUAAGGACUUUAGCAAUACUGACAAAGCCAGACCUGGUAGAUAAAGGAGCAGAGGCCGACAUCUUACAAGUACUGCAGGGUAAAGUGGUUCCUCUCAAAAAGGGCUACACCAUUGUCCGAUGCAGAGGCCAAAGCGACAUCAAUGAAAACGUUUCUCUGGUUGAAGCCACAAGACAGGAAAAGGAGUUUUUCGCAAAACACACACAGUUCAGUUAUCUUCUUGAGGAGCAAAGGGCCACAAUACCCUGCCUUUCCACCAGACUCACCAAAGAGCUGGUCGCACAUAUCAAGUCUUCACUUCCAUCUCUAAGUGAUCAAAUUCACUUCCACUUGUCUGGGCUGAGGGUUGAACUUAAGAAUUAUGCCGAUGGUCCACCUUUAGAACCGGAGCGAAUGGGGCCUUAUCUCAGCAAGAAAAUCUUGGAGUUCAGUGACCAGAUAAGCGAGUUGUGUAGAACAGGAGAAUCAGACGAUGGGAACCUCUAUUCGUCUCUUCGACCAGUGUUCAAGCAAUGGGAAUGUCAUCUGAGUAGAUCCAAAGCAUCAUUCAGAGAGUCCGUAAAACUGAUGACAGAAAAAUAUGAUGAGGCCCAUCGUGGGAGAGAACUGGUGACCUUCAGUGACUACUGUGUGUAUGAAUCAAUGGUGAAGAAACACGUUGGAGACCUUAAACAACCUGCUAUGGAUACUUUGAAGCUCAUCCGAGGUAUUGUGCAGAAGGAGUUCAGGGUCAUGUGUGAGCUGUGUUUCCCAAACUACCCUCAUCUGAGACACAUAAUACUGAACCAUAUUGACGACAUUCAAUCAAAGCAAGAAAGCAAGGUGGAGAAGAGGAUCCAUGAGUACAUUAACAUGGAGAAACUUGUGUACACGCAGGAUCCCAUUUUUACCCAGAAAAUUGUAGACUUCAAGUUUGUGGAAAAGCGACAGGAGUACGAGUCCAUUAGUUUGGAUACAGGAGAAAACGCAACCUCACCCCAGAACUGUGCUGUUUUUGACACCAGGAGCUUGACGCCUGAUAAACUGAUCAUCUACUACGAGAUAGUGUAUCAGCGUCUGGCCGACUACAUUCCCAUGGUGAUCUUGCUGUUUAUACUGAAGCAAGCUGCUGUGAUGCUGCGGGCUCAUGCUAUGGACCUGCGGGAUGGAGCUGAUGUUGUGAAGCUGCUCGUGGAGGACACAGAAGCUGGACGAAAGAGAGCAGAAUUACAUCAACGCAUGGAGAGACUGCGCCUGGCACAAGAACGCAUCAGUAUUUACCUCUGAGACAGAAGUUGCCUCUAUAUUUUUUCAUAUGCUUGCUUGAUCACUUUUAAAGGCAGCUGCCAAAUAAAUAUCAAAAUUAAAGAACAAAAGUGUAUUUUGAAGCUUUAGCUAUCAUUCAGAUUUUUUAGGUUCAAGGUUUAAGUUUAAUCAUGAAUCAUUGUUUGAAUUAAAAUUAUACAAUUAAAAUAAAUAAUAAAUAAAAAUGAGUGUGAAAUGUAUUUUGUAAAUGACAAAGCAUCAGGGAAAGUCUGCUUGUACCUUUUAAAAGUGUUUAUAAAUAAUAAUAAAAAAAGUUUCAGCUUGUUACAGUGUCUUCUCCACCAACUACAAUGUAUACAUUUUAAUAAAAUAAAGCUAUAAUUAAGAAAUUA